AUUUUUUCGCUAUUUGGAAGACAACUUUGCAUCAGAAUUCAAACCUGCAGGAAUAUGAAAUAUUCAUAAAAAUGAGUGUUAAGUCCGUAGACACAAAACUCGGGAUCGAUUUAGGCACAACAUCAGUCAAACUAUCGCUGAUCAACUCCAAUACCCGCGAGGUUUUGCACACGGUCGCCCAGUCCACGUCCGCCCAGGCUGCUGGCGUGGAGUACCCACACUUAUCGGAUGAGCAGGACGUAACGAAAAUCUUCAAAACUAUUCAAGCAUGCCUACAGCAGUUGGCGCGAUUUUAUUCUGAAUGCGAACCCGUGUACGAUUUGAAGGCUAUAGGCGUGACGGGACAGAUGCACGGCAUUGUCUUUUGGAAAUCUGAUGUAACAAUCAAAGACAUCGUAAAAGAAGUCAAGGAAGAUGAAAAAGAAACAAGCGGGGAGAAAUUUAGCAAUCUGUUCACAUGGCAAGAUGGGAGAUGCAGUCCUGAUUUUCUUGCUGAACUUCCAUCUCCGGACUCGCACCUCAGAUUAGCGACAGGUCACGGCUGUGCUACUGCAUUCUGGCAUCAGAAAAACAACCCACAUUUUUUGGAGAGAUUUGAUCGAGCCGGAACGAUCAUGGAUCUGUUUGUGACAAUGUUAUGUGGGAUCGAUCGUCCUGUUAUGUCAACACAGAACGCAGCAAGCUGGGGGUAUUUCAACUGCAAAACCAAUGCCUGGAAUUCUCAAAUGCUGUCCAAGGCUGGGUUUCCAGUCCAUCUCCUACCAGAAGUGAGAGAUCCAGGUACCAUUGCAGGCCAGACCAGGGAGUCUAGUUGGUGUGAUGGAGUCUUACCAGAGGCUGUGGAUGUUGGAGUUGGGAUGGGGGACCUACCGUGUACCAUACUACCAGUGCUACAAGCAUCGAGUGAUGGAGUGAUUAGCAUCGGCACAUCUGCUCAGAUUGUUACUACCACACCAGCUGGGUUCAGCCCGCCCAAGUCAGACCCCUCCUCCCCCAUCGAGUACUUCCCAUUCUUCGACGGGACCUUCCUCUCUGUGGCUGCCGCCCUUACAGGAGGCAACGUCCUGGCCCAGCUGGUGACUACACUCCAGGAGUGGCUGCACAGUUUGGAUUUACCCCAAGCAUCCGACAGAGAUCAAUUAUUCUCCAAGUUGAUCGACUUGGGUUUGAAAUGCGAGGACACCACGCUCAAGGUCGAUCCCGUUCUGGGAGGAGAACGCCAUCAGCCGAACAGGAGGGGUACGGUGUCCAACGUCUGUUUUGAGAACCUGUCCCUUGGGGACGUCUUCAGGGCCACUUGCCGCGGAAUUGCAGAGAACCUUAGCGCAAUGGCUCCCCCUGAUGAGAUGGUUGCUAAGGGAGUGACACAGGUUGUUGGUUGUGGCAGUGCCCUGCUUCGUAACCCAGUACUCAAGCAAGAGAUUGAGAGAGCAUUUCAGAGUUUACCAUUCGUGUACAGUGAUCAGGGCGAUGCAUCAUUAGGAGCAGCAUUAGCAAUGUGUAGGGAUAAAUAGCAACAUCGAACGUAAUGAUGAUAAUCUAUCAUAUCAUUAUCAUUAUGCCCAAAUAUCCCUGCUUAACUAGGUGAUCAUUGAAUACACUUAAGCAUAUAGGCUCUCUUGGGAACUUUGAAAAUAUUAGAGUAUUCUUCCGAUAACGGAAUGUUAUCAAUCAGCAAGAGUGACCUUUACUUUUAUACCGUACAGGUCUUAUGGAAUGGACUACAAUUUCAACCAAUUACUCCAUAAGGAAAGAUCAUCGAUCAUAAAUUUUGGGGUUAAAUUAAGGGGUGAGACAGUCCAAUUCGCUGUUUGCGAGACUUGUACACUCAUUAAUGGUAUUUCCACCCAGUCCAGUGUUGGUGAAUUAUGACAUAAGGAACUUCAAACUUGUAACUAGUUUGCAUCACCAUAGGGAGACAGGUGAUCAGGAUGUAGGAUUGUCAGGUCAAAGGUCAAAAGUGAUAAAGAUCAAUGUACAUGUAAAUUUGGGAUUUUUUCACUCAUCACUAUAUUUCAAGAAUAAAUCUUUCCUGAAAUAAGGCAGAGGCAUAUAAGUCGUAUUUAUGUCUUGUUUAAUUGGAUUAUGCAGACCUUGUGGAAACCAUUUACAAGAUGGAAAGUGAUCCAGAGCAAAAACUGAAGAACAUUUCAAGAAAGAGACAUAAUCCUGAAAUAAAAGUAAAAACUAACAAGGAAAAUCCAGAGUAUGGAAUGUCUUUGUCAACAUAAUGUUAUCCAACAUUGUCUUCUAUGUAUAGCUCCAGUAAACCUCACUACCGAGGGGUCAUGCUCCCCCAUGUCUCUGCAUCUCCUCUGCACCAUCCAAGGUCGGCACUCUAUGAACUCAGACGUGGUCACAUGUGUGUAGUGGUGGUUAUUUUACCUGACUGCUAAGAAAGCAUUUACUCAAGGGGGGCAUGGUUGAGGGGAAAACAAAAAAACUUUUCUUUUUUUUUAGUGCUCACUAUCGCCCCUGGACAUGCCACAUUCAUGUAUCUAAAAAUGUCACCAAUUUAUUGUUAAAAAGGAGCCGUCAAAUUUAAGAAGCUCGAUAAAUUGAGCACACAUACACCAUUCUUUGUAUUUAUCGCAGUUUACUGACUUCACCAUCCAAAUACAAAGAAAGUUCACCAGGGGCAAUGAAUGCAGAUCAUAGGGUUGGUUGACACUUGAGAUUGCUUCAUAGGGUUAUGCAUGUGACCUUGCAUGAGUUCGCUGAGUAUCUUUGGGUGGUGCGGAGGGGCCUCACAGACACAAGGAAGCAUGAGCACUGAUCAAUACCAAGGCUUUGCUUGAGCUGAUAUAGCUGUAUAUUAUCUCCCGAUACAUGUAGAUAUAUGUAUUAUGAGGCCUAUGGGAUAAUACUUUUGCCAAUUUGAUACCCUUGCAUAUUUUGUGCCAUUAUUUUGCAAAAUAAAUUUUCAUGAACAUUCAUAU